AUAAAUUAUUCUCUCUACAACUCACGUCUGUAUAAUGCACGAUUUUUUAUUAAAACAUAAUAUUUACUGAUGAUAUUUAAUUAUACCUAAUACAAUUUUUUACUUGUUAUACACUACUACUUAUUUAUAUAAAAGUAGUUUUUAUUGUAUAGUUAAUGUUUCAUUCUGUAGAAAUAUUCCUCAUCGUAUUUUCUGACAAUACUUUUUGCAUGUGUGUACAUUAAUAAGUAAAGAGAUGUGUUUUACUGCAAAUAUAAUUCUUGUUCGAUUGCCUUUCUUGAGUGUGUUUAUAAAUGAACACGUAUCAAUAAUUGUUUUUCUUUAUCUUAACUUCUGUUUUCUAUAAUGUUCAUAAAGCGUAGAUAAUAUAUAUGUAUAUAUUUUAAACUCACAUAUUCUGAUAAUAAUAGCAACUGCACGUCGCAAAUAGUGAUAAGCAAUGAUUCUUCCCCUUGUCUACAUUUAAUUCCACGUGACGCCACUUGCAAGUAAAUAUAGUAUAAAGAAAUAAAAAUAAAGUAAAAAUAUUAUUAAGAAAACUUUUAAAUAGAUUUUCAAUCACAGAAAUAAACAACCAGCGCGCGCAAAGAAACAUAAAAAAAGAUUUCUCUGUAUUUCUUUAGGAUUUAUUUCUUCUUCUGUGCCAAAAAUAUUAAAUCGUACACUUUUAGUGGUAUCUGUAUCGGUACUAUAAUUAUGUACUUAUUCUACAUUAAUUUUUUAUUUUCUCUACGUAAUAUAUAAUACAUGGACACAUAUAAUAUUCGUUCAGUUGUGAAUUUCUGAGAUAUCGGUGAAUUAACGAAAGAUGGCCUCAAAUAAAUUCUUCUUGAAGAUUUAGGACCAUUUGUGAAGAAGUAUAGUCGGUUUAUAUAUUUUUUAAUACAAUACUGAGCAAAACCCAACAGUCAACGGAUACGAACGUUUAAAUAUGGCAAUUAGGAGGAUAACGAGAAGUAAAGAGGAUUUUUGUAAGUAAGUUAACUACAAUCACAUAAGCAUCUCGUUAGAAGCACAUUGUACGUGUGCUUUAAGUGUUUAUGUACUAUAUUGCACAUCAUAACGCUGUAAGAUAAUUACUCAGGUAUAAUUUGCUAAUUUUCUAAAUACAGUAAUGUGUUAGCGAAGUUAGAACAACAGAAAAGUAAAGAAAGUAAGUUAAAUCUCAGUGUAUACACAAGUUAAUCUAACAUAGAAAUUAAUUUAAAUAUAUAACAAAUCGUAAACUAUCGUCUAUUUGUGUGUGUAUUUAAAGAUGUAAUUAAGACUAGGAUUAUUCUAGAAAAAAAUUAGAUAAUUUCGUUAAACACGCAAUAUCAUUAAUUUUAGCAACAAUCUUUGAAAAUACGAAACCUAAGUACGUACUUAGAAAUCUGAUAUAAUAGAACAUUUUUUUUUUCUUAAAUUCUGGUCUGAUUAUAACACGUUUUCAACUGUUCAAUACUUUUUUAUCAACUUUUUAUUCUAGUGCAUAUUCAGAUCGAGUGCGAUCUGACAUUUUUCACAUUUUCUCGAUUACGUGUAUUUUGACAAAAAUUAUAGAAAAUAUCGAGGUAUAUCAAAACCUUCGCGUGACUGUGCAAAGUUACAGUUAACAUGCAGAAUUAUAAAGUGAUAAAUUCUAGUGGACAUUUUGAGAGGACGUACAAGGUACUGUGUCGCGAUAAAAACGUAAAACCCCUGCCGGUGGUGCAAUUGCAUCUUCCAAAGAACUGCUUGCGAUUUUGCGCCGAUUGCAUAAAUUUUAAAGAUUGGUCGCCAAUACUGGACAGUAUAAUACGAGAUCGGAGCUUGUCAAAAAUUUGCAUAUACAGUCGAUGUCGUCGGAAAAAGAUUAGAGAGAAAGCGAAUACGGAAGAGAAGCUCGUGAGAUUACGGAGAUGCGCGCGCAAGGAACGAGAACAGCCAGUCUUGUACACGAAUUAUCUGCUACGACGUUUCGCCCAAUCCCUUGCUGAUUGCUUGAGAAACUCGUUGAUGAUCACCAGUCUGGCACUCGAUGGUGUACCUUUGCCACUUAAGUAUCUAGAGAUUCUAAGCGAUGGGUUGGCAAGUAAUCGAAAUCUGCAAAGCUUGUCGCUGGCCAGAUGUCGCAUAGGAAACACAGGAUGCAAUAUGGUGCUGGAAAAGUUGCAGCACAAUUUGAGUCUUCGUAUGUUAAAUCUGUCGUCGUGCCGUCUCACCGAUAGAAGCGCUAGUAUGUUGUCGCUGUUUUUGAAAAAGAGAAAAACGGACUUGUUGCAAACCGCUUUGAAAGAAUCAAAGGUUCCUCGAGACGGUCACCCAAUAGCGGAGGAAGGAUUGCAAGUGCUGAUACUCGACGGGAAUUGCAAAUUCGGCGACGCUGGCUUGCGACAAUUGAUACGUAUGCUGAAAAACGACUUCUGGUUGAAAAAGCUGUAUUUACGGUCUUGCGGGAUCAGUCAACGCGGAGGAGAAAGUGUGCUCGGGCUUCUGCAAACGAACAGCGUGCUUACGCACAUUGAUCUCCGAGAUAACAAAGUACCCGCUGACAUGUUGCAAAUUAUUCGCAAAUUUCUGAAGGCGAGAAAACGUAAAGGAGAAAGAAUGCCGAUGAAGAAACGAUUGUUUAGCUGUAAACGUAUUGCGAUGAUUUCGAAGAACAUGUUCUCCCAAAGCGAGUUGAAAAAAACCAAACGUUCCAAACAUCAAGCUGAUCUUCAAUUAAAGAAACAACACGGUUGUACUUCGCAAAUGUGGCGAAGACCCGGUGGCAAGAAAUGUGAACCGCACAACGCAGUUGCGAGAAAUCGCACAAAAUGGACGAAUGCGUUUGAAUUGAAAAGAUGCUUGUCGUUUGUGAUAGAGAGUAAUCGAAAUCUGAUGUCGACUUUGGAAAAUAGCACGGAGUUUUUCGCACUCGAAAGAAAUCGUCGUUUAAGAGCCGAAGAAGCGUAUCGCAAACUUCAGCCGCGGUUCAAAAAUCUGUUGAACAAAAUUGCCACGCAACAUUCUAUUCACUCAAAACUUAUCUAUGAAAAUAAAGUUUAUGCUAAUGUGCAGAACGUGUUGAACGAGUUAAAAAUAUCCAUGAGAGACAAAAUGCUAAAACCAGACGAAAGAAGUUUAAGUGCAAAAGCCAGCGAACACGAAGAGAGAUCCAUUGUUCACAAAAAUUAGCAUAUCAAAGCAACUUUGUUUAUUUUGUUACGAGAAGAUUGAUGGACUUCUUUAAAUGGAAGACACGAUAAUUGUAUACGUUUUUUUAUACUUCUUUUAUACGUAAACAUUUAGUUACUCGAUAACUUGAGUACAAAUAAUUUGUAUUAAUGGUUUACACACACAUUUUAUAUUGUACGAGUUGAUGCAAAUAAAAAUAAUAU